AGGGCGUCAACAAAGUAAUCUUGCACAGCCACAAUACUUCUGAAAGACUACCGAAAUACAGAACACGCUCUUCUUGUAGACGAGAGAACUUACUUCCGCACAUCGCACAGCCAGGUAGGAAACUCAGUGCUAACUGCUUAAACUGGUUACGGAGUGCACUGUCAACAAAAGGGACAUCCAUCAAGGCACCCUACAUACUGGGAACGGCUGCACGGGCUUGAACGUGCACCGAGGCAAAAGGCGGGGCCCGGCGUCAGGCCUGGCGUCCCAUGGGUGGCGAAGAGGACGCCCUACCGCAGCGCCUCAACUCGCGCCAGCGACGGAGAGAGCAGCAACACCAAGUACAGCAAGGCACAGAGGCUGCUUCAGGGAUUGAGGACGGCGCGGCGCAGGCACCGUCGGCGUCUGGGCGGCAAGGACGUGAGGAGCACGGGGCUGGCCUGGGGGAAGGCCGCAGCAAAGCUGCCCCCGCCGGGACCCCAAGAAGGCCCGAAUCAAGAUCUGCUAGCCGUGACACAAAGUCAGAUCCAGGGUUAGGAAAGGACUCAGGGGUAUCCGGGGUUUGUGUGGAGGUGGGAGCCGUCACGACGUUGGAGCCCCUGCCGGAGUACCGAUCGGCGGCGGUCGGUGACUACAAGUUCGAAUAUUUGGACCAUACAGCGGACGUGCAGUUGCACGCAUGGGGCUCCGACCUGGGCGAGGCGUUCGAACAGUGCGGCCUGGCGAUGUUCAACUACAUGUCCCCGCUGGAGCACGUGCGGCUGCGGGAGACAAGGGCGUACCGCGCCGAAGGGCACGACCUGCCCUCGCUGCUGUUCGCCUUUCUGGACGAGCUGCUGUUCGAGUUCAACACAGAGCUGUUCCUGGCGGGCCGGGUGCGGAUCACCAAAUUCGAUCGGGAGGCUUUCGUCAUUGAGGCAGAGGGGCACGGCGAGCGCUUCGACCGCUCGCUGCACGAGGUGGGCACGGAGAUCAAGGCCAUCACCUACAGCGCCAUGUCUAUUUCGGAACAGGAGGGCGACGCAGAGGUGUUUGUGAUCGUGGACAUAUGAGACGUGUGGUCAUGUGGGCUGGAGUGGCGGAUACUUGUGGGUUGAGGCAAAUUGAAGCGGAGCGGAGUGGGAGUGGGACGGCACUCAACGGCUUCAGACCGGGGCGUGGCUGCGUCGGAUACGAGUAAACGCGCAGAUCAGGCGAGUACUGCGCAGCUGCGGGAGCUGACACGGGUAUGAGCAGCUGGUGGUUACCCGCCCGUGGUAGCUGACCAGCUGUGCAUAGUAGCGGGUCUGCGGUGCGGGUGCGUCAGCUAGCUUACUGAGCUGGAAUGCAUUAAUGGCACGGUAUUGUGCAAGGCCACGGUGGUGAUACAACCGUGCAUGUACAUUGGCUCAACACUACGAAACAAGCCCGUCAGAAACCCUUGCACUGGUGCAUCUAACGGCUCGUCCUG